AGGUCCGGGGAGUCUCUCGCCGCAGCACACCCCUGUAAGUGGCGGCCAGGGCUGCGGUGGCAAACUGAGCUGUCAACUUCAGGUUGACAGUGGUGUGGCCACGACCGCAAGGGCUGUUGUUGCCGGGUGGACCUAACAGGGAUGGGCCGCUGGGGCCGGCUGCUGGUGUGGUUCGGAGCUGUGGGCGCCAUUCUCUGCUCUAGCCCGGGGUCCCAGGAGCCUUUUCAGCCGUCCUCGCCCCUGCCGCUGGCAAGUCCCGGCCCCCGGGACCCGAAAGUCAGCGCCCCGCCUAGCAUCUUGGAGCCAGCCUCCCAGCUGAAUUCUCCGGGAACCGAGGGGUCCUGGCUGUUUUCUACCUGCGGGGCCAGCGGCCGGCAUGGGCCCACACAGACACAAUGUGAUGGGGCGUACGCGGGGACCAGCGUGGUGGUGACCGUGGGGGCCGCCGGGCAGUUGAGAGGCGUGCAGCUGUGGCGCGUGCCAGGCCCUGGCCAGUAUCUGAUCUCAGCCUACGGAGCCGCGGGCGGCAAAGGCGCCAAGAACCACCUGUCGCGGGCGCAUGGCGUCUUCGUCUCAGCAAUCUUCUCCCUCGGUCUCGGGGAGUCGCUGUACAUCCUGGUGGGGCAGCAGGGAGAGGACGCCUGUCCCGGAGGUAGCCUGGAGAGCCAGCUCGUCUGCCUCGGGGAGUCUCGAGCCGUUGAAGAGCACGCGGCGAUGGAUGGGAGCGAAGAGGUCCCAGGGUCGCGGCGCUGGGCGGGAGGUGGCGGGGGUGGCGGGGGCGCCACCUACGUUUUCCGGGUGCGCGCCGGAGAGCUGGAACCGCUGCUGGUGGCGGCCGGAGGCGGCGGUCGGGCCUACCUGAGGCCGCGGGACCGAGGCCGGACUCAGGCCGCCCCCGAGAAACUGGAGAACCGCUCGGAGGCGCCUGGAAGCGGCGGGAGAGGCGGGGCGGCAGGUGGUGGGGGCGGCUGGACGUCGCGGGCUCCCUCUCCGCAGGCCGGCCGCUCACUGCAGGAGGGGGCGGAGGGCGGCCAAGGCUGCUCCGAGGCUUGGGCGACCCUUGGUUGGGCCGCGGCCGGCGGCUUCGGGGGCGGCGGCGGGGCCUGCACUGCGGGCGGAGGCGGCGGCGGCUAUCGGGGUAGGUGCACCGUUGGAGAGGGCACCUGA